AUGAUUCGAAAUUUUGAAACUUUAAGUCGAUUAGUGGCAGUAGAACGAUUGCUUUUACAAAGGACAAGUUUAUAUCUAUGCAAGCCAAAUCGUUCGUCAUUUUGCAGUUCAUCGAAUAAUUCGGAAAAGAAUGAAAAGAAGAAAUUUUCGAUUAGAAAGGAUUCGUCUGAUUUAACGAGUGUGCAGUUUUUUAAAAAAAUAGGAGCGAUUGUACAGAAGGCGCUCAGUGAAAAAGGCGCUCAGCACGAUCGUCCAACUUUCGAUUCUGUUCCUAAAGAAUUUGAUGAUUUUCUGAAAGAGGUGGCUGAGUGGAAGGGGAAACAUAUGCACGUUUUGGCUGAAAUAGAAAACAGCGGACAGUGCGGCGAAAAACAAGUUGAGAAUGCGAAAAGUUAUGCGAAAAGCAAUGAAAUAUUAGAGAUUGCUGAUAUUUUCGAUCAAAUAUACUUCGAGGAAAAUGACUGUAAGGAAUUUAAAAAACAUUUUGAAAUUGCCAAAACUGCUUUAGAAGAAAUCUUUGACAAGCAUGGACUGCAGAAAAUCAGUCCUUUAGGCAAAAUGUUUGAUCCAACCAUGCACGAUGCCAUCCGUCUUCCUGAUGAACAAAUGGGAUUGGGGACAAUUUAUGUGGCUAAAGUGGUGAGGCCCGGUUACUCGUUUAAAGGCUAUCUAAUUCGCGCUGCAAAAGUUGCUGUCAUCCAAUGUACCGAAUUGUUCCUGUGUCUUGACUGA